AAUUGGAAUAAACUAAUUGGAAAGUAAAAUUACUGCAUCGGAGUAUCCUGUAAUUUAAUAAUUUCAUGAUCGCCUUAAGGUUUAGACCUUAUAUACGACUAAGGUUUAGUCAAUAACACAGUUUAAAUGGGUGAAAUAAAAGUGUCAAAAAUAUCAUACGAAUCGAAAUACAUGUGACAGUUCAAUGGUUUUAAUGAAUUUGAGUGAAAUGAUUUAAUACGCUAUUUCUAAAUGCAAGAAAACAUUACCAUGAAGAUAUAUCUGCAGAGCUAACUACUUAAAAAAAUAAUGGAUCAACCGCCACCAAAUUUCUUUGCCUGUCCUCCUCCGGUUUUGCCAGAUUUUACUAAACCACCACCCAAUUUGGCUGUAGUUGCAAACAAUGGUGUUCCGUACCAUGUUAUUGUGCCACCUCCAACCGCUCAGCCAGACUAUUAUCAGUCUUAUUAUAAUCAGCCGUCUUUACCUUAUUAUCCAACACCGGCUAACAACUAUCCAAAUAUUUCACCUAAUGUUUAUAAUAUUAAUCAGUUUACGCAGUAUAAUGAUUCUUAUACAAAUUAUUCUGAAGUUAAGCAAGAAGAAUCAAAAAUUAAUGUUAAUUGUAAUGCUUAUGAUAAAACAGAUACUAAAUAUUAUGAUUUGAUAUCUGAUUGUGAUAGAGAUAUAAAUGAUUCACUUAAUAAUUAUACUAAUGAAAGAUUAGCCGAUAAUAAAUAUUCUCUAAAUACUUCAUCAUAUAAUAAUGACAGAACGGAUAGUAAAAAGAAUAUACUUGAACAAAAAAGACCAAGAAGAAGAAGUCGAGAUCGUUGGCAUAAAAGUGAUGAUAAGAAGUGGUCAGAAAGGGAUAUGUUGUUGAUGAAAUACAGAAAAAACUUUUGUGCAACAUCAGAGGAAAUAUCACAAAAACUACAAGAAUUAAAUAAUCAAGAAGAUAAUAUUACAGAAGUUUGGACAAGAUCAUCACCUGCUGAUUUAUAUUAUACUCGCAUUGAUGAUGGAACAAUGGUUCAAACUCCAAAACUUGCUCAAUUGUGUGAUGAUUUUUAUAAAAUAUUAAUCGCACGUGCAAAAGAAGCAAGGGUAUCUCAAAAACCUUAUGAAGUACCUCCUCGCAAGCACAAGACAAAAAUGUGUAAACAUAAAAGUGAACAUUGUGAUUCUAGUAGUGAUAGUUCAAUGAGUGGCAUGGAAUCAGACGAAGAAGACUGCGCAAUGGAGGAGUUAUCACGUAAAUUGAAACAUCCUCAAAGACUACAUAGAGAAAUGUGGUUCAAUGAUCCAGGGGAAAUGAAUGAUGGUCCACUGUGCAGAUGUUCAGCAAGAUCAAAGCGAUCUGGCAUUCGCCAUGGAGUAUAUCCUGGAGAAGUUGGUGAAUUUAAAUGCAAACCAGAAUCUAAUAAUAUAAAGAACUUAUACCAUUAUAGAAUUACAAUAUCACCACCGACCAAUUUUUUAACAAAAACACCCACUAUAAUCAAACACGAUGAGCAUGAAUUUAUUUUUGAAGGAUUUUCAAUGUUCAGCCACACUCCAUUAGGUAGUUUACCUACAUGCAAGGUAAUACGUUUCAAUAUAGAAUAUACAAUACUAUAUAUAGAAGAAAAACAUCCGGAGCAUUACACAAUGAAAGAAUUAAAUCUGUUCUUCGACUAUUUAUUUCAUGAAAUCCUGGAACUUGUCGAUUUUGACUUAAAACCUCAAAACAAUAGCGAUGAUUGCUGUCCAAUUUUUCAUUUUAUGCCAAGAUUUGUUAGAGAUCUUCCAGAUAAUGGUAAAGAAGUUUUGUCAAUGAAUGAAGUAUUAAGAUAUCUAAUAGCAAGCAGUGAAGAACUAGUCAACAUAAAUGUAGUUAAUGAAAUGCAUAAAUUGACACAAUAUGAAUGGCAAGAUUAUGCAGACCAAGUUAAAGGAAUGGUUGUUACAUACCCUGGAUGUAAACCUUGCUCUGUUCGAGUUGACCAAUUAGAUCGUAACGUAGAAUUAAAAAAUGAAAAUAAUUGCAUUGAUGAUUUGAAAAAUAAAUAUCCAGAAAUAGUUCAUUUUGGUAUAAGACCACCACAGUUAAGCUAUGCUGGUAACCCUGAAUAUCAGAAAGCAUGGCGAGAAUAUGUGAAAUACAGACAUCUAAUUGCAAAUAUGCCAAAACCAUCAUUUGAAGAUAAACGUAAAUUGGAAAGUAAAGAAGCUCGCUUACAAGAUAUGAGGUCUCAAGGUAAACUUAAGCGAGAUGUAACAGUUGCUUUAAGUUCCAAAGGGUUUUUUCGAACUGGAAUUAUGUGUGAUAUUGUACAGCAUGCCAUGCUAAUUCCCGUACUAGCGUGCCAUUUGAGAUUUCAUAGAUCUCUAUAUCAACUUGAAGAAAGCAUUGAUUAUAAAUUUAAAAAUAGAUAUUUGCUUCAACUUGCCUUGACACAUCCAAGUUAUCGUGAAAAUUUUGGUACAAAUCCUGAUCAUGCUAGGAAUAGUUUGACGAAUUGUGGAAUAAGACAACCUGAAUAUGGGGAUAGAAAAAUUCAUUACUUAAAUACAAGGAAAAGAGGCAUUAACACUCUAAUAAACAUCAUGUCUAGAUUUGGAAAACAAAGGGAAACAGAAUCAAAUAUCAAUCACAAUGAACGUUUGGAAUUCUUAGGAGAUGCUGUAGUAGAGUUUUUAACUUCAAUUCACCUAUUUCACAUGUUUCCGGACUUGGAAGAAGGUGGUUUAGCUACAUAUCGAGCUGCUAUUGUUCAAAACCAACAUCUUGCUGUUCUUGCUAAAAAAUUAAAACUUGAGCAUUUCAUGCUAUAUGCUCAUGGUUCCGACCUUUGCCAUGAAUUAGAACUACGCCAUGCGAUGGCAAAUUGCUUUGAAGCUCUUAUGGGCGCCUUGUUUCUUGAUGGCGGUAUACAGGUGGCUGAUAAAGUUUUUGGAAAUGCUUUAUUUAUGAAUGAACACAGAUUAUUAAAAACAUGGAUGAAUUACCCUGCACAUCCAUUACAAUUGCAAGAACCCAAUGGGGACAGACAGUGGAUCCCAAGUUAUGAAUUGCUUCAGAAAUUGACUAAAUUUGAAGAAUUAAUUGGUGUAAAAUUCAGACACAUACGAUUACUGGCACGUGCAUUUACUGAUCGGAGUAUUGGUUUCACAAACUUAACACUAGGUUCCAAUCAGCGCCUAGAGUUUUUAGGGGAUACUGUCUUGCAAUUAAUUUCUUCUGAAUAUCUAUAUCGGCAUUUUCCUGAACAUCACGAAGGGCACUUAUCUCUUUUACGAAGUUCUUUGGUCAAUAAUCGCACACAAGCUGUGGUUUGUGAUGAUUUAGGAAUGACCCAAUAUGCUGUGUAUAGUAAUCCUAAGGCAGAAUUGAAAACUAAAGAUCGAGCUGAUUUGCUUGAAGCUUUACUGGGUGCUAUAUAUAUCGAUAAAGGCAUGAAGCAUUGUCAAGUAUUUUGUCAAGUUUGUCUAUUUCCACGCCUACAAGAUUUUAUCAUGAAUCAAGAUUGGAAUGAUCCAAAAAGUAAGCUGCAACAAUGCUGUUUGACACUAAGAACAAUGGAUGGCGGGGAGCCAGAUAUACCAGUUUAUAAGGUGAUAGAAUGCAUUGGCCCCACAAAUACCAGAGUAUAUACCGUUGCAGUUUAUUUUCGAGGUGAGCGGUUAGCUACGGCUACUGGUCACAGUAUUCAACAAGCGGAAAUGAAUUGCGCAAAACAAGCUCUGGAAAAUUCUCAAGAUCUAUUUCCACAGCUUGAUCAUCAAAAGAGAGUAAUAGCUAAGAGUAUGAAAAAUCAAAAAUGGUCAUUCGAUAGAAAUAAAAAUAGCAACAAUAAAUUUAACUCAAAUGAUAAAUAUGCUGAGCAAAAAUUAUCUAGAAGAAAUGAUUAUGAAAGGCAAUCAAUUGAAGCUAAUAAGAAAAAAAUUGACAUACUUAAAAAAGAUAAAAAUUUACCGAAACAAUAUAGAAAAGCUGAUGAAGAGAGUGAUGGAGAAUAUUAUGACAAAAAUAAGCAUGAGAGUAGUCGUAGUAGAAUUUCUUCAUCUGAUCGGUUUAGAAAUAGUCACAGGAGUAAAUACAAUGAAUAUAAACAAGAAAAAUAUACUAAUCAUCAUUUUAAUAAAAAAUCGAGACAUGAUUAUGAUUCAGAUUACUCUGAUACUAAUAUGAGUAUUACAUCGAAAGGAAGGUGUAGUUCAAGUUAUCGAGAAUAUAGCUACAAUAAAGAUUAUGAUGCAAAUAAUGAUUGUUUUGAGAAUACUGGAAACAUAAAUGAUAAGACUGCUAAUUAUAAAAAUGAUGUGCAUAUUUAUAAAAAUGAGAAGAAUAAAGAUAGUGACUCGGAUUUAGAAUCUGGAGAAAUAGAAUAGCAAAAUUUAACAAUCGAUUUUAUUUUGUAACUAGUCUAUUUUAUUUAUUUAAAACAUGAUACAGAAAAAAGUGUCUUAAACAGGUUUGAAACUGACUCGAAUAGACUCUCUCAAAUUGUGUAAGCAAAUUGAAUGGACUUAUGA